CGUUUCCACAUCCAUUGCUGAUGACGGUGGUAAAUGGCUGGGAAGAGAAGUGUCUGCUAAAACAACAUUAUUUCGCCAGGCAGCUUUUCUAUCCAAAGGCAACAGAAUGAAGAAAUAAAGGUGAAGUGACCCAACAGCCGGUAAAGUUUACCAGAAGCCUGUGGGGUUCUUCAACGCAUCUUAGCUUUGUUUCCUGGGCCUGUUGCUAACGUCGGGAAAUCCUCGGGCUGACUCGGCAGGCAAACACCGGGACAAGAGAGCAGCAGACCGAAGGCUGGAGCUCCGGGCUGCUGCUUCACUACGACCAGGUUCCUCUGACACUCACUGGGUUUUCUCAUCUCCAGAGAAACUGUAUUGUCUUCACACUUUGCGACGGACGUGAAUAGUCGUACCUGGAGGGUUAGUUUGACAGUUUGCCAGCAUUUAGCACUCCGGUGUUUACCAGCUAACUCAACCAGAAGCGUCUCCUUAAAAGCAGACUGCUGGUUGUAUUUGUUUCAGUUUGAAAUGUACAUAUUUGACUCCAAGCACGUUCCAGAAAUUUGUUAGACAUUUUGUCGGCUCGUUGUGCUGCUACCUACAAAGUGAAGGUGGCUAGCUUGGUGGCUAAUUCAAAAAGCUGCCUAGCUGAGGUUAUCGCAUACUUUGGGGCUUAUCUACAAAGUUUGUUAGCUUGUUGAGGUGUAAAAUUAUGACUUUCUAUCAACGUUGCCGUCUUUAGCUACAAAGAGUAUGUUAUAGCUUACUUUAUUUAAAGGUAAAACGCCUGACGAGAAGUAUUUGAGAACCAAAGGCAGCUUUGUCCACAUUCCAGACAGCUACUGGAUGAAGGCUCACAGAAAAGCCUGGAUAUUGAUGUCGCCAGGACUCGCUGGUUUCUCCAGUUCUGCUUGUCAUUAUCGCUCCUCCAGCUACAUCUAGCAGCCGGCGCACCAGAACGAACUGACCCGCCUGUAAGCUCUCUCUUUGGGCUUAUUUGCUCAAGGAACACCCUCCUCCAAGCAGACUUAAAAUGAAUCGUUACCUCCCUGUGGCACGCCAGCACUUCCUGGCCGCGCUGGCGAGCACCAGCGUGGUGGUGAAAACCAUCAGCGCCUUGGUGGUCCUCCUCUACCUGCUGGCCUGGGCGGUUGACACUUCCUACGCGCUAGGCGUGACCCCUGGCUACCUGUUUCCUCCCAACUUCUGGGUGUGGACGCUGGUGACCCAUGGGCUGGUGGAGCAGCAUGUGUGGGGCGUGGCGGCCAGCGUGGGGACAGUCAUGGCCUGUGGGCGCCUCCUGGAGCCUCUGUGGGGGGCCCUGGAGCUCCUGAUCUUCUUCGCCGUGGUCAACGUGUCAGCGGGACUCCUGGCAGGGCUCUCCUACCUCCUCACCUACGUGGCCACGUUUGACCUGCACUUCCUGUUUGCUGUGCGCAUCUACGGAGCCGCGGGCUUCUUGGGAGGUGUCCUGGUGGCUCUGAAGCAGACCAUGGGGGACACCACUGUACUCAGAGUCCCACAGGUGAGACUCAAAGCUGCCCCGGCGUUGGUCCUCCUCCUCCUGGCUUUGCUGCGACUGUCCGGGCUGCUCGGCAGCUGCGCCCCGCUGGCUGCGUACAGCUACGGCGCGCUGUCCGGCUGGGUCUACCUGCGCUUCUACCAGAGACACAGCCGGGGCCGCGGGGACAUGUCCGACCACUUUGCCUUUGCCAGUUUCUUCCCUGAGGCGGUCCAGCCGGCGGUGGGGCUGCUCGCCGGUCUCGUGCACGCCGCCCUGGUGAAGAUAAAGGUGUGCAGGAAGAUGGUGAAGAGGUACGACGUGGGGGCGCCAUCCGCCAUUACGAUCAGCUUGCCAGGGACGGACCCCCAGGAUGCUGAGAGGCGGAGACAACUGGCCCUGAAAGCUCUGAACGAACGCCUAAAGCGAGUGGAGGACCAGUCCGCUUGGCCCAGCAUGGACGACGAGGAAGAAGAUGACGACGACGAGGUCCGAACCGACAGCCAGCCGCUCCUCCCCGGUGGGCGCGAUGCCUCGUCCUCGGCACAGAGAACGUCCGGAGGGCCCUCAGGCACUUACCUGUCCUCCACCUCCGCAUCGUCGGCAUCACAGAGCGGCGGGACAGCGUCUCCAGGCGGAGUGCAACACCCCGAGUCCAGCAUCAUCACCUUCGAGGAUGCAAGCUCUAGGUCAUAGCAAGUGGAGCCUCUGGUGUAUGCAGAUGCACGCUCUCGUUGGUGUCACUGAGCAGUAUGCUAGUGCUUCACGCGUCCCCGGCUGGUAAUACACUCAGUAACGAUGAUUAGAUGUCGAUAUUUCACUCUACACAACAUCUGUGAUGAGCAACACAUGAAAUUGUGCUCUCACAAACUGUCUAAAGACUGCAAAGAGCUUUCAGUUCAGACAUGUUUGUCACAAAAGCUCGGCUCCGUUGGGCAAACCUAGUUCCUACUCUCCUUCCCACGUGCAACUGAAAAUAAAAGAAAAUCUGUAUGUUAGGGCAACAUCCCAACUUGCAGAACUCUGAUCACUGCUACAAGUGUUUCACCUUCUUUCUGAAAUAACAAAAUCAUUGUGCAGAUCUCUUUUUCUAAGUCUUUUCAGAACAGACGUAUUUGUCGUUUUACCUGCCUGCUACAAGAAAACGGUUGAUGACAAAGACGCAAGGUGAAAAUAUUUAUCCUUUGUUGAGUGCAGACGAAGCUGCUACUAGUGACACUUGCUACUGGUGUGUUGGUUCCAUUUGGAUCACCAGCUUUGUAACAAAAGAGUAUGAACAGCGUCUAGGUGGUACCAACCUGCUGAACGGCGAUGCCAAGCUCAAAGACUUGAAGAAGUGCCAGAUGAUUCUCCAGAAACAUUUUGUUUCCCACAGAGAGAGAAAUGGAGCACAUGGCCUGUUUUUAUUUUUCACUGCUUUGCUCAAACAGUAGAAAAGAACUUUUAGUUUUUCUUCUUCUGGUUCUGUUGGUCUCUAAAGGAAAUUAAAAGUUUGUUUUGUUUGAUCUAACAAGAAGUGUUGGGCCUGUCGCACUGCUGUUCAACUCUUACACAUCCUGGGGUCUGUACCUAUUUCAUUGUCUUAUAAUAUGGUAAACAGUAUAAAGAGGUGGGCUAUGUCUUCACAUUUACUAAUAAAACAACAGCUAAUGAUGCACAAGGAAGUGCAGAAAAUAGUUUUUGGUAUUAAUAGACAACUGUUUUAUGAUUUAUUAAUUUCAGUUCAUGUUUUGGAUUUUUUAUUUAUUUAUUUUUAUUUUUGCAAAUUUUACACAUUAAACCCCGUGAACACGUAGCUCCACUCCUCCUGCCGCAUUGAUUUAUAUUCCAUGUGUCAGAAAAUCCUCUUGCUGGAACAUGUUUUAUUUCUAAGCUCAAAAGUGUAAGGCAGUUAAUGAUUUUCCAACGUGAACUAAAUAGUUUCAUCAAUAUCAACAUGAAGAAGUCCAUGCAGAUCGAAAGGUCAGCAAUUUGUUCAAUUUCUUGGCAGUCGUUGCUGGAGAUGUCACAUUUUAUUGUGUGGGGGGGAAAGAAUCAAUUACUUGGAGGUCUGAUGUCCCCUGUGUCCUUUUUGAUUAACGUCAUUAGCGGAUAGGAACGUAGUGGAAGUGAUUACUAGGAUGUCAAAUUGGUAUUUUAUAUAUAUAUAUAUUUAAGUUUAGUCACUUCAGUUGAGCUGAGAAGAUAAAUUAGUUUAAGCUGCACCAUGUCCUUUAUUUUCUAAUUAAUAUCUUAAUGUUCUUGUAAGUGGGGACGGGGGGAAUAAAAAGAAUCUUACCCCAAUUUUAGUGUGUCCUAUUAAACAAAUACUGAAUGUUAAACAUAACUAUGAUCUUGGUAUCUAAUACAGGUUUAACUUUUCACACAGUUUUCCCUCGUUGAAGAGAGGAUUUUGUCAUUGAUGACCCACUAGUUGCAAAAAAAAAGUAGGACAAACUGUUAUUGCCUAAAUUAAAUUCAGACGGGCAAGAGCCUCCCAAUGUAUUGAAGUAGAUGUUGGAGUGUGUUCGUUUGGCAGUUGUCUUGUGUUGUUCCAGUAUUUGUCCCUGAACAGAUUUACCACAAUUUUGCUUUCAAACAUAACACAGACACACAAACAAUUGUCAAAUUAUGACUUAAAGUGCACAUGGGUUUAGCAGAAGGACAGUACACUGAUGCAAAAAACCUCUGAAUGGCUGCAAACAAAAAGGAAAAGAAAAGUCUCAAAGUAGCCCGAUGUUAAGAAAAUGUUCUAAUGUGGCUGAAAUUUAAUAAUUCUACAAAGA